GCCUUUUACGUGGUGCUGACAGAGCUCGACUUCAGCUAUUGAAAAGGGGGUUUGGUGAAGAAGGAAAGAGGUUGCGGCUGACAGUGGUUAAAGAGGGGGAAGGGGAAAAGAAAAAAGGAAGUGGGAAAAACAGAGAGAGGAGAGGGCGGGGAGAGAGCAGAGGAAGUCUGUGGGAAGGUAGAGAGAAAGUAAAAGAAGAGAGGAACGCAAAAGCGAAAAGGAAGAGAGGCGAUAAUUUAGUUAUACGAUGCUUUUCUUGUGAAUUUUAAUUGUUGAUACGUGAUCCUGUUUCUAUCAUGUUCCAGCCUGUUACUCCAAAUCAUUUGCAAGGGGUACAGACUACUCAACCGUCAACUGUAGCAUCCUUGCAGCCUCCAGUUCCUGGGCAGUCUGCGCAUCCCAGCUCCUUGGUAGUUCCAAAAUCUUCUGUGCCUGGAACAGCUGCGCCAGUGAUGCCGUCUUUUGUACCUGUACCAGAAGCAAUCUUGUCAAAUGCUCCAAAAUUUUCAUUUAAUGGGAAUUCUCAGUUGAUGAAGAACAGUCAGUUGUCUAAAACUGAAAAUUCAGUUGCUGUUGCUCAAACUAUUAUUCCACCAUCUGCUUCGACAGUUCCCCAGUCGGUUCCAUCAUCCGUUCAUCCUUCAGGUUCCUCAACAAGUGUGCCAUCAAACUCCGGCCUUGGUCUCACAACUCCACAUCUACUAUCUACCACAUCUUUUCCUAGGCCUCCUGGAUUGUCUGGAACUCCUUCGACACCUGGUCCCCCUGGAUUGGUCCCCUCACAAGUGACUGCAUUGUCUCUUACUGAUGGUUCCACUUCUUCAAUCCCGAGACCUCCUAUGCCAACAGUCCCUGCUUCGGCAAAUCCAGCUGUUCAGCAACAAAUCUACCCUGCUUAUCCUUCUUUGCCUGCUAUGGCUGAUUCGCCCCAAGGAAUUUGGUUGCAACCAGCUCAGAUAGGUGGCAUCCCUUGCCCACCUUUUUGGCCACAUCCUGCUGUUUAUCCAGGACCUUAUCCUUUACCAGCACUUGGCUCGAAUCUUCCUUCUGCUCCCUUAUCUUAUUCUCAACCUGUUGGUGUUACUUCUUUGGGAACUGCGGGCGCAAGUCCAGCAUCUGCUGCUACAUCAGAUCAUCAAUUGGCUGGGAUCCUCAGAUUGCAGACAGACUCACUCCCAGGAAUUGAUAAUAGGAAACCUGCUCAAGAUGUUGGCAAUAAGGGAUGGUUCUGCUGUAGGCGAACAAUUUAGAUGCUUGGACUGCCCACAAGACUGAAAGUGGAAUUGUCUACUACUAUAAUGCCUUGACAGGACAAUCAACAUACGAAAA